AUGGUGAAGUUGAAUAAUGCCCAAGAUUCAUUGUGGGCACCCUGGCAGCAUGCGAGAAGCCUAAUGAUUACCCUCCGGCCUUUUCUAAUCGGCGGCGCCUCAGGGCUUGUUGCCACUACGGUUAUACAUCCCAUUGACGUUGUCAAACUUUCUGGGCAGGCUAGUAAGAGUGGCAAUCGGUCAAGCCCAUUCACUGUGGCCAGGGAGAUUGUGGCAAAGGGAAGCUUCCUGGACUUGUAUCAAGGCAUCUCCGCCGGGUAUCUCCGGCAAAUUGUCUAUGGCACCGCACGAAUGGGCCUAUUUUACACGUUUGAGGAUAAAUUGAAGAAGAGAGCUCAACUGCAGCGCCGUGAGAUAUCAUUCAUAGACCGUGGGAUUGCUGGUCUUCUCGCCGGCGGGCUGGGCUCUUUCAUUGGGACACCAACUGAGGUUGCUUUGAUCCGAAUGCAGAGUGACGGGGCGAAACCAUUGUCAGAGCGAGCAAACUAUCGAUCUGUAAUAGACGCGCUGAAGACCAUUGCGCGGAAAGAAGGCCUUCGUGGCCUAUGGAGCGGUGCAACUCCAACAGUCGUCCGGGCAUGUUCAACCAACUUCGGCCAGCUUGCAUCGUUCUCCGAAGCCAAGCAUCAACUAUCAAAACACACCAAUAUGCCAGAAUUUUCCAAAAGCAUAGUUGCGUCGGCAAUUUCUGGCACUGUCGCUGCCACUUUAAGCCUACCAUUUGAUUUCGUCAAAACCAGAAUGCAGUGA